UGGCUGCGACUGAAGUGUCGGCGACUGUAGUGGCUGCAACAGCUCCGGACUCGGGGCUUUGGCAGCGGCGCCAGCGGGCUGUGCUGUGGUGUGCGGACCCCGGUGCGCGGUCUGGGUUCCGGGGGCGGCGCGUAAGAUGCCUCUCAUGGAGGAAUUUCUGAGAAGCACCAAGGGGCCAGCAGCUUUGACAAGGAGCUCAAACCAGAGACUAUUUACAGUGCUGGACAUUGCAUCCUGAGGAGCGCGGGAGCGGGGAGCAUGGCCGUGAACUUGGACGAUGAUGUGCCGCUCAUCCUGACUGUGGACGAAGGCAGCAGCGCCACAGCGGCUCCCCCCAACAGCCUGGGUGUGGAGGAGCUGCUGCCCAAAAAUGGGGGCAGCCAUGCCAUCCACGACUCCCGGGCCCCCAGUCUGGUCUCUGGCGGCGAGAGCACCCCUACCAGCCCCCCCACCAGGCAUGACUGGGAGAUGAAUUACCAAGAGGCAGCCAUCUACCUCCAGGAAGGCGAGAACAACGACAAGUUCCUCACCCACCCCAAGGAUGCCAAAGCGCUGGCGGCCUACCUCUUCGCACACAACCAUGUCUUCUACCUGAUGGAGCUGCUCACCGCCCUGCUGCUGCUGCUGCUGACCCUGUGUGAGGCACCCGCUGUGCCCGCGCUCCGCCUGGGCAUCUAUGUCCACGCCACCCUGGAGCUGUUCGCCCUCAUGGUGGUGGUAUUUGAACUCUGCAUGAAGUUGCGUUGGCUGGGCCUCCACACCUUCGUCCGGCACAAGCGGACCAUGGUCAAGACCUCUGUGCUGGUGGUGCAGUUCGUUGAGGCCAUUGUGGUGCUGGUGCGGCAGACGUCCCACGUGCGGGUGACCCGGGCGCUGCGCUGCAUCUUCCUGGUGGACUGUCGCUACUGUGGUGGCGUGCGGCGCAACCUGCGGCAGAUCUUCCAGUCCCUGCCGCCCUUCAUGGACAUCCUCCUACUGCUGCUCUUCUUCAUGAUCAUCUUCGCCAUCCUGGGAUUCUACUUGUUCUCUCCUAACCCCUCCGACCCUUAUUUUAGCACCCUGGAGAACAGCAUCGUCAGUCUGUUUGUCCUUCUGACCACAGCCAACUUCCCGGAUGUGAUGAUGCCCUCCUACUCCCGGAGCCCCUGGUCCUGCGUCUUCUUCAUCGUGUACCUCUCCAUCGAGCUCUACUUCAUCAUGAACCUGCUCCUGGCCGUGGUGUUUGACACCUUCAACGACAUCGAGAAGCGCAAGUUCAAGUCUCUGCUGCUACAUAAGCGAACCGCCAUCCAGCACGCCUUCCGCCUGCUCACCAGCCAGCGGAGGCCCACAGGCAUCUCCUACAGGCAGUUCGAAGGCCUGAUGCGCUUCUACAAGCCCCGGAUGAGUGCUAGGGAGCGUUUCCUGACUUUCAAGGCCCUGAAUCAGAGCAACAAACCUCUGCUGAGCCUGGAGGACUUCUGUGACAUCUACGAAAUUGCCACCCUGAAGUGGAAGGCAAAGAGAAACCGUGAGCACUGGUUCGAUGAGCUUCCCAGGACGGCCUUCCUCAUCUUCAAGGGAAUUAAUAUCUUGGUGAAGUCCAAGGCCUUCCAGUAUUUCAUGUACUUGGUGGUGGCAGUGAAUGGGGUGUGGAUCCUGGUGGAGACGUUCAUGCUGAAAGGUGGGAACUUCUUCCCCAAGCACGUGCCCUGGAGCUACCUCGUCUUUCUCACCAUCUAUGGGGUGGAGCUGUUCCUGAAGGUGGCUGGCCUGGGCCCUGUGGAGUACCUGUCCUCCGGAUGGAACCUGUUUGACUUCUCUGUCACAGCGUUUGCCUUCCUGGGCCUGCUGGCCCUGGCCCUCAACAUGGAGCCCUUCUAUUUCAUCGUGGUCCUGCGUCCCCUGCAGCUGCUGAGGCUGUUCAAGCUGAAGAAACGUUACCGCAACGUGCUGGACACCAUGUUUGAGCUGCUGCCGCGGAUGGCCAGCCUCGGCCUUACGCUGCUCAUCUUCUACUACUCCUUCGCCAUUGUGGGCAUGGAGUUCUUCUGUGGGCUUCUCUACCCCAACUGCUGCAACACCAGCACUGUGGCAGAUGCCUACCGCUGGCUUAACCACACUGUGGGCGACAAGACCGUGGUGGAGGAGGGUUACUACUAUCUCAACAACUUCGACAACAUCCUCAACAGCUUUGUGACCUUGUUCGAGCUCACGGUUGUCAACAACUGGUACAUCAUCAUGGAAGGUGUCACCUCACAGACCUCCCACUGGAGCCGCCUGUACUUCAUGACCUUUUACAUCGUGACUAUGGUGGUGAUGACCAUCAUUGUGGCCUUCAUCCUGGAGGCCUUUGUCUUCCGAAUGAACUACAGCCGCAAGAGCCAGGACUCGGAAGUGGAUGGUGGUAUCACCCUGGAGAAGGAAAUCUCCAGGGAGGAGCUAUUGGCCAUCCUGGAGCUAUACCGUGAGGCGCGAGGGGCCUCAUCUGAUGUCACCCGGCUGCUUGAGACGCUUGCCCACAUGGAGAAGUACCAGCAAAAUUCCCUGGUGUUUCUGGGGCGGCGGUCAAGGACCAAAAGCGACCUGAGCCUGAAGAUGUACCAGGAGGAGAUCCAGGAAUGGUACGCAGAACACGCUCGGGAGCAGGAGGCCCAGCGGCAGCACCUCAGCAGCGGUGGCCCUGUGCCCGACACCCAGCAGCCCCCCGGCAGUCGCCAGCGCUCGCAGACGGUCACCUAGCGCCAGCCCACGAAGCCAUGUCUUCUAUGCAAUAACACCGUAGUAUUUUCUCCCCACAUGUCAGGAGAAAUGUGUGAAUGCACACUCACAUAUAUGCACAUGUUUGUAGAAAGCGGACCGGCAGGUACCGUGCAGUCACCUGGCCCCAGUCUUCCAGAUGCCACAGUCGCCUGUCCUUACAGGGGCUGUCCCCACAGGGCCAGGCGGGCCGGGCUUCCAGCUGCUGCUUCCUGGCCCACAUCCCCUGAGAACUCCCUGCUAACCCUCCCUGUGAUAGCUUGUCACAGGCAUAUGUCUGACUUUUGGGACAAAACCACUGAGCAGUAAGAAGGAAAGAACUCCCCACCCCAGCAGUAUUUCUCAGAAAAUAAUGUAACAGGAUACAUGUGCUUUGCGGGAGGAGGGAUAGAGCGUGAGGUUAUAGACCAGAGUGUGGUCAGGUGCAGGCAGCCAGGGCCAGGCAAGGGGUGCUGUUGACCAUUUGAGUCUCGCCUCAGGGGUCUUUCCUGUGCACUUUGGUUUAGCCCUUAAGGCUGGAAAUCCUGCCACAGCCUCCUGCAGGACACAAGUGCCAGGUAGAGAAGCCAUGGCCUGUUCCUGCCCAGGCCUCCUGCACCAAGUUCUCUUCUGCGAUGGGCCUGCCCCUGUGUGUUCUGGGAACAGAGGCAACCACUGCAGGGAGCUUGCUGCAGCUCGGUGGGGACUCCUCCCCUCCAGGUUUCUCCAUGGUGGGAUUGGUCGUUGCAGGAGGUUUGGGCAGACACCCAACUAACUGAGGGCCCCAGUGCCUCAUGGGUAGUCUGUGUAGUGGCUGAGGGUGGACAGGUGGCACAGGGUAGAGGUCAGGGACAACAGCCACCAGAGCCUGGUCCUGGGGAGUAGCCCCAGCCAGUCCCAGCCCCUCCUCCCGGCCACCUCCAGGGUGCACUCUUCCCCCCCAGCAGGGCAAAGCAGAUGUCCUAAAUUUUUAAGCACAGCCCUUUGGGAAAACACUAGUUCCCAGGGCAGCCAGGAGAUGACAUGGUCCUCUUCCUCUCUGGAGGACUCAGGAGCUCAGUGGAGCCUGGGCCAGAGCUCUCUUCCCCAGAGAGGGAACCUUAUUUGCACAUCCAGGUGCCUUUUUGCUUUUGUGUAUUGGAAUGGGCAUUCUGGGAGUGGGCAGGGGCAGCCUCACAAGGGGGCACGGCUCUGCAACUGAGCAUCUGGCCUCCAGAGCUGGGGGUGUCUUGGUCCUAUUGGGGGUCACUUGGUCGGGACAGGACAGACGCAUGGUGACAGCAGGGUUGGCGGGCCAGACCUCAGCCAGUGAUGAGCUGUCAUCUGACCAGUGACACCAGGUGCCACCCAGGCUGUGUGCUCAAGGGCCCCAGGAUGUCAUCUAGCUCAGAUGCCCCUGUGUCCCCACCUUGUAGCCAGGCAGGACCACUAACCCUCACUGCAGACCCCCGAUCACAGCCUGUCCACGGUGACAGGCCACUGCGCCCUCUCCCUGGGCGAAGGCGCUGUGAGAAGGACGGUGUUCAGCCCCUCCCCUCCCCCACCCCAGCCUUACUUCACACCACGCGGACAAUCAUUUUGUACGCAUCGCAGGAGCAAGCCUGUAAGAUUUUGUACAUUGGUGACUUGCUACCUAGAAACCCACUGCGUCUCUGAAUCUCUGGCGUAUUAAUAAUAAAAGCCUGUGCUUUGUAGGCCUUG